AUGUGUGUGAAUUGUGUGAACUGUGGAGUAGAGCCAAAGCCUGUUGGUUUUAUUUUAUGGUCGGUCGUUCUUUUUCAAAAUGGACGGUUGAAAAAAGGACUGUGGGAACGGUCUAAGUUCAAAAAAAGAGAAUUGAGUACUCGUGAGUGUGUGUGUCGACUGUACUCAACUCUGAGUACUCGUGAGUGUGUGUGUCGAGUGUACUCAUCUUUGAGCACGUGCGCGCGUGAGAGACUGAGUACUCGUGAAGGUGUGUGUCGAGUGUACUCAUCUUCUCAAGCACGUGCCUGCGUGACCAGUAUUUCUUGGAACCAAGAUUCAUCAGCUAAGGUGGGUGUUUGCAUGUUACAUCAAGUGUAUAGAAAUGCAUGGUUUAGCGCGAGGAUUCUUAUAAGACAGUUAAACACAGAAAACAAUUUUGGGGCCCUUGGUACUCGUAGCUGUACGUCGGGAAACUGA